GGCCAGAUCCUUAGCGGUUUUUUUUUUUUUACAUUUUUGAUAUCUAGAUCAACAUUCUGAAACAUCAUUCAUCUAUCAUCAACACCUAACGUAAUAAAACAUGCAUUGGCUGGUAGUGAUUGGAGCCCUAGCUUUGACCUCCACGAUUAAUUUAGUGACGUCGCAGUUUCAAGUUGGUCACAUGACCUUUACACAGUGGACUGACAUGGAUAAUGAUGAUAUCAUGAUACACCUCCUCUGCCAAUACACGCUGGCUUACAGUGAUGACUCAAGGUACGCUACUCCACCGUACCUCAUCGCUAUACAAAACGCCAAAAAAGUGUCAAUAGCAGAGGUAGAAGAUUCUGAUAACGUUAGAUUCGAUACGGAGCUAGAAGGCGACUGGUUGGCGGAGGGCAAGGCCGAGCCACCAGACACCGAGGCCUACCUGCAUCUCUUUAAAGGCAAUGUGUCCAAAAAGGACGCCGGUUUGUACAUCUGUGAGUCUCGUUACCUGAGGAACGGCAAUGAUGAGUUCUUCCCGGACCAGAAAGCUGUGCUGCAGUUUAGUUCUACCGAAGAUUCUGGUAGUGACGUUCAGGUGGAUUAUGGCGGCGAAGUGAACGCUGGGAAUGUGCCAAAUUGUCAGCCGGGUUGCACCUGCAAUCCAGAUUAUGCUGAUCCAAUAUGUUAAGAUCUGUUGUGUGCGUGUGAUUGUGAAAGGAGAGAGGAAAUAAAGAAAAUAAAAA